GAGCGCCAUGUACCGGCGCAGCUACGUUUUCCAGGCCCGCAAGGAGCAGUACCAGCGCGCGGACGAGGCGUCGCGCGCCACCGAGCCCGAGCGCCCGGCCGGCGAUGGCUGGGUCGGGACGGCGAGCCUGGCGGCGCUGCAGGGGCUCGGCGAGCGGGUGGCCGCCCACAUCCAGCGGGCCCGCGCGCUCGAGCAGCGCCACGCCGGCCUCCGGCGGCAGCUGGACGCCUUCCAGCGCCUGGGCGAGCUGGCCGGCCCCGAGGACGCCCUCGCGCGCCACGUCGAGAGCAACCGCCAGCGCUCCCGGGAGCUGGCGGCCGAGCGCGCCCGCUUGGAGCGCCAGGGCACCGAGGCGCAGCGCGCGCUGGACGAGUUCCGCAGCAAGUAUGAAAAUGAGUGUGAAUGUCAACUGCUGCUAAAAGAAAUGCUUGAACGGCUUAACAAGGAAGCUGACGAAGCCUUGCUGCAUAACCUGCGCCUUCAGCUCGAAGCCCAGUUCCUGCAGGACGAUAUCAGUGCGGCAAAGGACAGGCACAAAAAGAAUCUUCUGGAAAUUCAGACCUACAUCGGCAUCCUACAGCAGAUCAUUCACACCUCUUCUCAGGCGUCCACUGUGAGCGGGAUGAGGGAGGAGAAGCUCCUGACAGAGCGGGAGGUGGGUGCCCUGCGGAGCCAGCUGGACGAGGGCCGGGAGGUGCUCUCCCACCUGCAGGCACAGAGAGUGGAGCUGCAGGCCCAGACAACAGCCCUGGAACAAGCUAUUAAAAAUGCCCACGACUGUUACGACGACGAGAUUCAGCUUUAUAAUGAGCAGAUCGAAACCCUGCGCAAGGAGAUCGAAGAGACGGAGCGGGUCCUGGAGAAGUCCUCCUACGACUGCCGGCAGCUGGCGCUGGCCCAACAAACCCUGAAGAACGAGCUGGACCGGUAUCAUCGGAUCAUCGAGAUCGAAGGCAACAGGCUGACCUCCGCCUUCAUCGAGACCCCCAUUGCCCUGCUCACCCCGAGCCAUGGAGCCUCUGGCAGCUCUGCGUCUGGCGGCAAAGAUCUCACUAGGGCUGUGCAGGAUAUAACAACAGCAAAACCAAGACAAAAAGGCCUCCCCAAGACUGCUCCAAGGAGAAAGGAGAUUAUGGCGAAAGACAAAGCAGAUGGGCCUCUGGAAGAAGUGCCGUUGAAAGGUCUGGAAGACACAAAGCUGGUGCAGGUGGUGCUUAAAGAGGAAGGUGAACCUAAGCUUGAGCCAGAGGGCAAAGAGGCCAGUCUCCUGACACAAGAAGGGGACCCAGAGGAUGUGCCAGACGGAGGGCAGAUAAGCAAAGCCUUUGGGAAACUGUCCAAGUUGGUCAAGGAGAAAGUGAAAAGCCCCAAGGAGCCCGAGCCGCCCUCUGACCUCUACACCAAAGGGCGGCACGUGCUGGUCACCGGGGAUGCCAGUUAUGUGGACCCUGAUUUCUGUGUCUCCUCCAUCCCGGCCAAAGGUGGGGUGGUGGUUUCCGUCGAGGAAGAGUCUGUGCGUCCUGAGGCCCAUGUGGAGCCCUCUCCUGAGCAGCCUGAGCCCCCUCCGGAGAAUGGGGAGGGGGUCCCCCAGGGGAGAGAAGAUGAACUCCCAAGCAUCCAGCCAACCACAGAGAAGGAGGGUGAGAUAAGUGCCGAAGAACCGAAAGGCCCGGAGGAGAAACAAGAUGGCGAGAAGGAGGAUGAGGGGUCCAGGAGACCCUGCCCCACAGUCAUACCUGGUCCAGAGGAACUGCCUACACCCGAGGCUCAAAGGCCUGGGGCCAUCCAGGAGGGACUGGAGGGGACUAGGAGAAGAAGCCUGCCAGAAAAAAGCCCUCCCAAGCCUUUGGCGUAUCAGAAGGUGGAAGUGGUGGAAUCCAUCGAGAAGAUUUCAACGGAGAGCAUUCAGACGUACGAGGAAACCGCUGUCAUUGUGGAGACCGUGGUUGGAAAGGCAAAAGCAAACAAGAAGAAAUCGGGAGAGAAGGGCUCUUAAAACGCCCGGGCUUAAUGGGAGAAAAUGUCUUUGGGGCCACUGUAGGGGAAAGCUUUGAUAUUAUAGAACAGAUGAUAAAAGGGUGAGGGUUCCUGUUUGGAGUAGACCAUAGUUGACCUGUCUGGCGUUGCCAAUGAAACCUUCAUUAAAACGUUUUCUUUGCUUGCA